AUGGGAAAGAAUUUAAGCAUUGCAACAAUUUUGUUGCUAUUGGUGUUGGCAUCCACCAAAGCCCAGCAGGUCUUUGAUGUUAAAUCAUAUGGAGCACAACCUAAUGCUGAUAUAACCCAGGCUUUGACAAAAGCUUGGAAAGCUGCGUGCGCAGUAGCAGAAAGUAAAGUUGUGAUUUCAGCAGGGGUAUACAAACUAGGUUAUGUGAAUUUGUUGGGUCCAUGCAAAGGUGCAAUUGAGUUUAACCUUCAGGGAACCCUACAAGCCCCAUUAGAUGUUGCCUCCCUCAACGGUAAAGAUGGUUGGGUUGUUUUUGAACGUAUCGACGGUCUCACUGUGUCAGGUGGUGGAGUUUUUGAUGGCAAAGGACAACAAGCAUGGCAAAAAAAUAAGUGUGACAAAGACAAAAACUGCAACGUACUUCCUAUUAAUAUAAGGUUCGAUAAAGUCACAAAUUCAAUAGUCCAAGACAUUACAUCGAAGGACAGCAAAUAUUUCCACAUCAACCUUUUGCAAUGCACGAAGUUGCAAUUCCAACAUGUUACCAUAACUGCACCCGCAAAUAGCCCCAACACCGAUGGAAUCCACGUGGGACAUUCAUCUCAGAUCACCAUUACCAAUGCCAAUAUUGGAACAGGUGAUGAUUGCAUCUCCGUUGGUGCUGGAGCCCAAGAUGUUACUGUUAACCAAGUAACUUGUGGACCUGGCCAUGGUAUCAGUGUUGGAAGUCUUGGAAAGUACCAAAACGAAGAACCUGUUUCAGGAAUCAGAGUUACUGGUGCCACACUUAGCAAUACAGAUAAUGGUGUUAGAAUCAAAACAUGGCCUGCUUCCACUUCUGGAGCUGCUACUGAUAUACAUUUCGAGGAUGUUGUCAUGAAAAAUGUUGCCAAUCCUAUCAUCAUUGAUCAAAACUACUGCCCAAACAGUCAAUGCUCAAACCAGUCUCCCUCUAAAGUUAAGAUCAGCAAUGUUAGCUUCAAGAAAAUUAGUGGCAGUUCUUCGACAAAGGAAGCUGUGAAUCUUAUUUGCAGUAAGAGUGUACCAUGCCAACAAGUGGUGCUUUCUGACAUUGAUCUCACGUACAAGGGAAGUGGAGGAUCUGCUACUUCCACUUGUACUAACGUCCAGCCUGCAGUUUCGGGCAAGCUGAACCCUCCUGCUUGUGCCAAUGAUAACUCAAGGAUUUGUGAGGAUUUUCCUCCGGGUUUUGAGGGUCAAGGAGCAGAAAAAGGAAAGUUCGCACGACAACUACAAGAGAUUGAUGAGGACUUGGCGAAAUUUGAGGAUAUGGAAGGAAUUAAUACCAGUGCAACAUCCUUACCUUAUAAGGACUCUAAUACAUCAAUUCCUUCUGACUUUGAGGAGAAGUAUGUGACUCCAAAUACCUUAUUUUCAGCAACCCGUGAUCUCUCCGCACCAAUUAUUGAGUCCAUGUCAGCUGCUUUUCCUAUGAGGGAUAUUCCAAACACACAAGAGACCCACCUCCAGGUCACUCAUCCACCUGGACCAAGGUGGACAAGUGUUUCUAGGACUGUCUCAGGGGUUUCUGAAGUCUUAGACGUGCAUGUAGGGAAUAAAAGAGUCUCACACUCGGCUCUCAAUCAUUCUGGGUUACUAAAAAAAUCAAAGCUGGUUUCUCAAGAUGGAAAGGAAAACACUUCAUGA